AAAAAAAAAAAAAACUUGAACCAUCAUCAGAAUGCUGGUGGAGCGGGGUCACGAACUAUGACCUUUAACAGAAGAAAACCACAACAUUUUUUAAUUUUAAUACCAGGGCGUUCUAAAUCCAUCGCCGCAGUUUCCCAGAGACCUCACUAAUGACCUCAAAUCAUUAUGACGACCAACCUGAAUCUGCUCUCUCAGCAGAAAGCAGACUCUGAGCAUGAGGCAGAGGGGUCCUCCUCUCCAUCAGAGUCAACGAUGAGUGAGUCUCCACAGCGCUUUCAGGUAAUCUCUACUGAGCCUGCCGCAACAACACAGCGAAUACAGAUUGUAACUGACCAGCAGACUGGUCAGAAGAUCCAGAUAGUGACAGCGAUGAACCCGUCCAGUGCCCCCAAACAGCAGUUCAUUCUGGCCACGGCCGAUGGCUCAGGGGCAAGCAAGGUCAUCCUGGCCUCACCAGAGAGUCACAACACAAAGCAGCUCAUCUUCACUGCUGCAGACAGCCUGAUGCCAGGAAGAAUACAGAUUGUCACCGACCCAGUGUCAAUGGAACGAUUGUUAGGGCAGUCAGGGGAUUUAAGUCGACCUCAGCCUGUAGAGUACUGUGUGGUGUGCGGGGACAAAGCGUCAGGACGUCACUAUGGAGCUGUCAGCUGUGAGGGGUGUAAAGGUUUCUUUAAGCGGAGUGUGAGGAAGAAUUUGACCUACAGCUGCCGCAGUAAGCAAGACUGUGUCAUUAACAAACACCACCGCAACCGCUGCCAGUUCUGUCGGUUGAGGAAAUGCCUUAAGAUGGGGAUGAAGACUGAGUCUGUCCAGAGUGAGAGGAGGCCCAUCGACAUAGUGCCCAGAGAGAGGCAUGCCAAUUGCGCUGCCUCCACCCAGAAGAUCUACAUACGCAAGGACCUUAACAGCCCACUUAUCGCCACGCCAACCUUUAUCUCUGAUACAGAAACAGACGGCUCCAGAUCCAGCUUGCUGGACCAGGGAAUGCUGGUUAAUAUCCAGCAGCCAGUCAUCCAGACUGAUGGAACUUUGCUGCUGGCAGCUGACUCCAAGAUAGAUUCUGGGCAGGGAGACUUGGGGACGCUCGCCAGUGUCGUGACGUCGCUGGCCAACCUGAGUGACUCACUGAAAGAAAACCUGAACAAUGGGGACACCUCAGACAGUAAACACGAGGAGCAGUCUGCCAGCGAGAUAACACGUGCCUUCGACACUCUGGCCAAAGUCUUCAACCCACCUGAAGUAACGGUUGAACAAAAUCUGGCUGAGAGGUGUGUCACUGGGACAACUAUCCAGCUCAUUGGCCGAGAUCAGGAGACGCCUAUCAUUGAGGUGGAGGGACCGCUGCUCACAGACAGCCAUGUUGGCUUCAAGCUGACCAUGCCCAGCCCAAUGCCUGAGUAUCUGAAUGUACACUACAUAUGUGAGUCGGCAUCCAGACUUUUGUUCCUCUCUAUGCAUUGGGCACGCUCCAUCCCUGCCUUUUCAGCUCUUGGUCAGGAGGCAAACACUAGUUUGGUGCGAGCCUGCUGGAAUGAGCUGUUCACUCUGGGUCUCGCUCAGUGUGCUCAUGUGAUGAACUUAUCAACCAUCCUCGCUGCCAUCAUUAAUCAUCUGCAAAGCAGCAUCCAGGAUGACAAGUUGUCGGGAGAGAGGGUGAAGCAGGUGAUGGAGCACAUCUGGAAGUUCCAGGAAUUCUGUAACAGCAUGACGCGACUGGAGACUGACAGCUACGAAUAUGCCUACCUGAAGGCUAUUGUGUUGUUCAGCCCUGAUCAUCCAGGUGUGGAGAGCAAUGGGCAGAUUGAGAAAUUCCAGGAGAAAGCGCUGAUGGAGCUGCAGGACUAUGUGCAGAAAACAUACCCUGAUGACACAUACAGGCUAACGCGUAUCCUGACUCGUCUCCCUGCCCUGCGCCUAAUGAACCCAUGCAUCACAGAGGAACUUUUCUUCACCGGCUUAAUAGGCAACGUCUCUAUUGACAGCAUCAUUCCCUACAUCCUCAAGAUGGAGACGGCUGAAUAUAACAGCCAGAACUCUGACUCUGCAGAAUGACAAUGACCCCAGCACCAGAACUUUCGUUUAAACGUUAGCGAAUCUCCUAUUCAGAUUUGUCUGUAGAGAGCUAAAGGGUUAAACUGCAGCCUAAAAUGCUGCAGUAGCAUCUUGUUUUCCAACAAUGCAUGGUUCAAUGUCAGUGGGGGAAUGCUUGGUAGAUUGGGAUUAUAUGGCUUUGGAAAGCUAAGAUAAUUGGUAAUGUUUUCUGCAGCUAAUGCAGUCAGUGG